AUGAGUUUGUAUGAUACUUUUGUGUACUACUAUUCAGACGAUAUUGAUCCAGCAUCUGGUGAGGUGGACAAGAACCUUUUGAAGUUCGAUGAGAGGAACAUUAUCUCGAAUGUGAACCAGGUGUGCCUUGCCCAAGGGUCCACGGUGUUCGUGCAGUACCAAGAGAUGGCAAUGGCUUUGGUUGACCGCACAUUUGUGAAUGGCUACAGCCAAGUGAGCGAGAAGAAGUGGGUAUCAGAGAUCAAUCACAAUGUCAAACUGGUGGCUGAGAGCAUUGCAGUGGAGCCAUUUCGAUGUGCUGAAGAGCUUUUCUAUAGAGGCGACAGAAAAGAUCGGAAGGAGGAAUUUCCAUUUGGAGGUUGUGGAGGCAAGAACUCGGACAAGUGUUCCGUUAGCAAGUAUAAGUUUCCAAUCAGAUUCGAUGUGGAAACAACACAGUCAAAAGCAACGAAGUAUGAGACCCACUUCAAGAGAGUCAGGUGUGACAGGGGAUAUGAAAUCAAGAGCCGUCAGCAGUGUAUUGAAGCUGGCCAGAACGUGGGAGGGAUUUUGAAGAACGGGGAACUUAAGGAAGGACACUGGGGCCAUACACCCUGUGGUUGUUUUCUAAAGCGGGGUGAAGGUGCCAUCCUUUGGAAUUUAAGUAACAAGAAAUGUAGAAAUGAAGACUGGAACUACAGCCCAGUUUGUGUUGAGCAUCGAAACAGAGAUGACUAUGAAAUUGUCCAUUUCAAAACCAAGUGUGACAGUGGAUAUGAAAUCAAGUCUGCAACAGAGUGUGAGGAAGCAGGACUAGCAGUGGGUGGUGAGAUCCUCAACCGCUAUGUUGAGCAACGUGAUUGGGGGCACACACCAUGCGGUUGCUUCAUGUCAAAGGAUGGAAAUAUCAACUUUGACACCGGGAGAGGGAAGUGCAAAAAUGAUAAUGGGAGAUACCAAUCAAUUUGUAAGCGGAAGAAGGACAGAAAAUAUGUAAGCCUCCGAAAGAGGGUCAAAUGUGAUCCUGGGUUCGAAAUCAAGAGCAAGAGUGAAUGCAUCAAGGCUGGCCAGGCCAUUGGUGGCCGUUUGAAUAAGGGCAAUCCUCUAAUUGGAAACUGGGGCCAUACACCCUGUGGCUGUUUUGUGGGGUGGAACAGCCUUACCAUUCAUUGGGAUGAUGGAUCCAAGUGUGCCAAUGAUGGAUGGAACUACCAUACUGUGUGCAAGAACAACCCUGUGUCUGAAAAGUACAAAAGGGUGCAGUUCACAAAGAAGUGUCCUGGAGGAGAGGAAAUCACCACUGUCUCUGAGUGUGCUGUGGCUGGUCAGGCACUUGGGGGUUGGUUAGGCGGAUGGAAGGUGGAGGUUCGUGAUUGGGGUCAUACUCCUUGUGGCUGCUUUUUAACUCGUGAUGGGAGGGUCCACUUUGACACAGGGAAAAGUGGCUGUGAGAACCAAGGUUUUAACUAUGAAGCUGUGUGCCAUCAAGCUCCUGAGAGCAAUGGGGUAGGGCGUGAUGUACAUGGCAAGUUACUGAGCAAUGACAAGUCGGGCUUUGUCACAAUGAGCUAUGAGAAGGUUCGACGUACAGCAGAUUCAUGCAUCAACACUCAACUUGCUGAGUUGCAUGAGGAUUGCUUGAAAGAAUCAAACAAGAAGCAAAACUCAAAGUACUAUGAAUGUAAAGUGGAGAAGAGGGAGAAAGCCAUCAAAGAAUGUGACCGUUUUGGACCAGUCCAGACUGCAUUGGACCUUGUUUUUGGUUCUCAAACUUCUCCUGGCUUCAUCUGCGGAAUCAAGGAUGCCAUUGUAAAUGAUGGUGUUCCAAUGCCAGGAUCCUGUUGCUUGGAUGCCCCCUAUGAGCUUGAUGGAGACUUGUGGGGACAGCCAUACGACUGCGAGUCGAACACUCCAUGCAAAACCCCUGGACCUUUUUUGGCUGGGGUGAACAAGGAUGCCUGUGAUGCCCAUGGCGGUACUUGGUGUCCUUCUAAAUCAACCUGUGCCACGCUCAAGGACUGCAUUGAUUCCCUCAUUAAGGAGGCGACCAAGGAGGAACGUCUUGCAUAUGAAGAGUACCUCAGGGGAGCACCAACCAUAGAGGAUCCAACAGACCGUCAUGCCUGUGGAAGGACACGUGGAUACUUUGGCUUUGACGAGAACUUCAUCAAUGACCAACAAAUCUCACUAGCCCUCAUCCCACCUGACAGGAGUUCGUCGACGGCUCCAGCCGUACAGGGUCAUGAUGCCUGGCAGGGUACCGUUUUUGCCUUGAAGGUUCUCAGCGGUGCUUUGGAGUUUAUCAUGCAGCGCUUCAGUGACAUUGAGUGUCCUUGUGGUCCUUUCUGCAUAGCUGAAAAUGUGUGCAAAGGAGUCAAAGAGACACUCAUCCCGAUAUUCACCAUCAUAUUCCAGGUUGCACAACAGCUUUUCCAAGUGGCUGAAAAUCUCUUUGAAUUGUUGUCUGGCGAGGCUGAUGUCAUUCGAGCUCAGGAAAACACCGAAGUACUCUUUGAGAACAUGCAAUUGAUGGCCGACUAUCUUGUUGAUAUGCGUGCAGAAAACCGCAAACGCAAUCAUCGCGACCUCGCUUACGGCAGUGAUAACCAUCAUGCUGCCGCCGACUUCAAAGUCGAAGUCCAAGUCUUGCCGGACAAGUCCGUGGUUGCCCUCACAACUGUGAAUGGCGUUCAAGUGGAUGCCAACUUUACAUUUUCAAAGCUGGACGAGAGCAAGAAUGAGAUUUCGGUCGACUUUACCACAACGGUGCUCGAGCCAGGAAAGACUGUUCUGGAGUUUGGGGGUGACGUUGGUGCUUUUCUGUUCAUGAAGGCGUCCCCCCUCGGCGGGGAUCAGAAGAAGAGCCAACUCGUCUCGUUCAAUUAG